AUCCCUAAUCCCUUCCUUGGCCUCAACCCUAUAAAAACCAUUCCAAGACAGCAACUUUCCUCAAGCUUUGCUCUCCCAUUUUUCCAUUCUGCAAUAAUCAUCCAUGGACAAGAUAAACAAAUUGGUGUCACAGAAAGCUGUGGUGAUUUUCAGCACCACUUCAUGCUGCAUGUGCCACACAGUUAAAAGUCUAAUAUGUGAGCUUGGAGUGAACCCUGCAAUAUACGAACUGGACGAGGAGCCAAGUGGAAAAGAAAUGGAGAAGGCUCUUUCAAGGCUUCUUGGUCGUAACCCUCCCAUGCCUGCUGUUUUUAUCGGAGAAAAACUCAUUGGAUCUACUGAUAAGGUUAUGUCUCUUCAUCUGAGCGGCAAGUUGGUCCCCCUGUUGAGAGAUGCAGGUGCCCUUUGGCUUUAGCUCCAUGACAUAUAUAUAUAAAUAAUAUAUAAUAACGUCAGAUUUUCAGUAAAAUACAUAUGAGUGUUUUAAGUUUGUCUAAUUGUCUUGUCUCCCUUCAUAAACAAGAAGUUUUAAAAUGUUGAGUGCUUGAUGUUAACAUGAUUAAUAUGUAUGGGAAGAAAGUGAAGGGAAAUGAGUGUUAGUUUCUUAGUUUUGGAAAUGAGAGAUUUUGCAUUUUGUAUUGAAUUUUCAGUAUGUUAUUGAUUUAUUAUGAAUCUAAAAAAGCAAGGAUUAAAAUGACAGGAGUAAAAAUGAAGUUUGGGUAUAUGGAUGGAGUGGUUCUGAGGGUUAUAUUAUAAUUAAAAAUUCAUGUCAAUGAGGGUUUUUUUUGUAAUAUUUGUGCUAUAUUUGUAAGGCAGUUUAACUCGGCAAGCACUGUUGUUUCUGCAUGGAAAAUGAAAAUAUUAAA